UCAAAUGCGGACGUUUAUCUGGAUCAUGUUGUUACUGUCGAGUGGGGCUAUCAGCGCCGGUCUAGAAAAAGUACUACCAUUAACAGAACUCAUAGCUGAUAUUUAUCAUCAGUUUGAACGCGGUUGCAUAUUUCUGAUGACCUCUCGCGUUCAACAACAAGGUUUUGAAGCUAAGAUAUUGAUGCAGAAAAUUCGAAAGCACUUAUUAUACGAAUAUAUUCCUAUAAUGGAUACGGUAUUUAGAACUGGCGUCAGCAGAAGGUGUUCUACUCAGCGGUCUAUAUACGUCGUACUCAAAGGCGAUGCAGAAACAAGAAACUACAUACAUCAGUCAUUUUUGAAGACACACUCAUCCAGAGCCAUCUGGUUGCUGUUCCUGGACAAGAACUCUUCCCUGGAGGAGUUCUUCACCGACAUUAACAUCCCCUUCGACUGCGAGUUCCUGGUGGCUCAGCCAGAAGAUGACCACGCCGUUGGUCUGACCGAAGUGUACCGUGUUAGCCCCACACUUCCCCUGCAGACAUACCGUUUCGGCAACUGGACUCCUGCUCGCAGCCCAACCUGGCCUUCAACGAACUUUCUUCUUAGAAGAAGCAAUCUACAAGGAUGUGUCAUUCGGGCAACUUAUAAACACGAAUACUUGGUCGUCAACAUAGUUAAUAAUUCAGACGGAUCUGAGGUUGCUGAAGGAUAUUUUGGGCAGAUGUGGGCUACAAUGGCGGAGGAAAUAAACGCCAUCACCGUGUACCAUGAGACGGAAUCUUACGGCUCUAAAUCUGCAAACGGGUCAUGGAGCGGAAUGAUAGCGUUGGUGAAAAAUCGGGAGGCCGACAUCGGUAUUGGAGAUUUCAUAACAACUAGUGAACGAUCCAAUGUGGUGGACUUCAUAGACACAGUCGAAUUCUCAAGCACCAGAGUGUUCAUAAGGAUACCAAACAGCGCAGACAUGUCCUGGAACCUCUACCUCGCUCCUUUCAGCUACGGCCUGUGGCUGGCAGUGGCCAUUGCUUGCUGCGCCCUCAGCGUCUGCUUGGCGGUCACCAACAUCAGUUAUGACGGACAGAAGAGGAACCCGACCCUAUCUGUGGUGGCCAUAUUCUUUUACAUCCUCGGCUGUUUGUGCCAGCAAGGUCAGUUAGUAGUUAAAAUAACUACGAUGGAAUUUACAGUUCAUAAUAUUUCGUUCACAACUUCUAUUUUACUUUCACUUCUCAUUUAACUUCAUCUCUUCGGUUAUAACUCUCCUGCCUUUCUUUCUUUCCCCUAUUCUUCGUUUUAGCCUUUAUUCAUCCUCUGUCUCUGCCUGUUUGAAACAGUUUCAUAAAUUAUUAUCUUGUAACUCUCCAUUUUAACCGCACUCGGAGAGGAUUUCUUUUUGAGAAGUUGAUAGUAGUUCAGCUGACCAAGGAAUUGUAGUCCAUACCAGACACGGAACUCCCGUGAAAGGAACAGAAGUAACAUAUACGUGCCAACUACUUUAACAUUCUGAGAUUCGAAAUUUAACAGCAAAUCUGUAAUUUGCCCACAAUAUUUGAGGGGUUUCUUUUGCUGUUUUCAGAACAAACAGCUAACAUUCUCCUACACAACAUCAAUAAACUAGUCUUUAUAACAGAGACACGUUGUAUU